AAGCUGGGGCCUGUUGAAAGAGCUGUUUGACAAGACAGCUGAGCGGCGACGCAAAGAUGCCAGCGAACCCAAAGACAGACCCUCGUUACUUUGUCCUGAUCAAGCCUUUGCCCAUCCCUACCCAGAAAGGUCUGAAAGUCCAGGCACGAAGCAGCACCGUCUACAAUUGCUGGGACAACACAAGAGAGCAUGUUUUCCGGGAGAACUAUCACAGGAGGGUCAAGCAGGUCACGCAGCAAGGCUACUUUACCCCCAGCUGGAGACCUUAUCAAGAUUUUGGAGAGCCUCUUUACCUUGAACCUAAAAGACUCACUCUCCAUGGCCUGGGACAACUGCCCCCGGAGCUCCUCAGAGAUGACGUCUGCUCUGCUCUGGAAGAAGUAGUGGAACUUGAGGAGCCAUCAAGUGUUAAGCAGAUUCCGACAAAGGAGCCUGAGAAGAAACCUGUACAUUUUAGAUACCUAGAAAAGGAUCUGAGGAGCCUCCAUAAAGACCUUGUACACACAAGGCAUUUAAUAAACUCUGUGAAGAUGGGACGAGGGUAUUUCCACAUGAUUCACAGAGAAACGCUGGAGAGGAAGAACAUGUUUAUGUUAGAGCAGGAGAAAGAAGACCAGAGGCGGAGAACUGAAUUCCAGCCCCCCAAAUAUCCAGGAUCCUCGUCAUCUGAAGAGGACAUAUCCGAUGAAGAAAUAACUGACUUUUUUUUAACAGAAUGUCCCCUUCUGAGGGAGUCGGAGAAAAAGAAGAAGAAAAUUAUCCGACCUUUCACUCCUGUCCAUAACGGAUUGAUAGCUUCAAAGCAUCCGGAAGCGCAUUUUGAGUCCCUGUUUCGGCAGCUCUGCGCUCUCCAUUGGUUCUUGGAAGCCUUGACUGUUGAGCCCAAUAUCAGCAUGAAGCCUCUGAUCACCUGCUGGAAUGCAAAGGAUUAUGGUGGAGGCAGAAAUUCCUUCAAGGUGGUCAAUAAAGAAAAGAAUGUGAAGGCUCGAUGGGAGCACUUCCUCACCCACACAAAGGGUAGAAGAUACACCCAGAAAACAUUCCGUGGUCUGGGCCCCAAGAAGUUGUCCAAAAAGGCAUCCACCAUGAGUCUCUCCAAAAUGAGCGGGCUGUCUUCCCCACACAGCAAGACUACUCUGGGCAGCACCAGUUCCCUGACACCUGGUUCUGAAGAGGUGGUCCAGCAUUCUUCAGAUGGUGCCAAGGAAGGAGAAGAGAUGGAUUCUAGUUACGGCAAGCCAACUAAGGAAGUGAAGGAAGAGGAAGAGCCUAUGAGUUACUAUCUGCAGACAUUGCUCCAGAUGAUCCAUGAAGAUGUGGCAAAGAAUUUUAGUAAAGAAUAUUUGAUCUCACACCCCAAACCACCCUCCAUGCUGAGAUCCGAUCCAGAGAGUGACUUGUCAAUCGGACAAAGAGUUAAAAGCUCACAUUCGUCUUCAAAGGAGGAGAGAAACAGCUCGGGAUUAAUGAGAGAAGAAACCCCAGUGGAGCAAAAGCCAAAGAGUUCACUGGCAGUGCAGGUGAGAGAAGAUAAAACGACAACAGCAACGUACAAGAAGGAGGACAGCGCAGAAAACCUUGGUAGACCUCACAGCUCUUUCAUCAGGCGAAAGGUGAACCUGUGCAAUGAGAUGAGGGAGCUGUUUUAUGAUGUGACCCUGGAAUCUGCUUUCAGGCUGCACGACCAGCUGGACAUCCUGGAGAGGAGGCGAGAAGAGAAGAGCGUACAGAAAUACCGGUGUCUGAAGCAAAUAACAAAGUUGCGGAAAGACCUCGAGAGAAUGAGGCAGGCAGCCCUGGAGCAUGAACCAAAGCAGGAUGCAGAGGAGGAGAACUGGUUUGUUACCCUUCUGGACAAGAUCCCCGAUGAUGUCAUGGCAGACCACCGGACCCAAAAAGUCCUGAAGAAGCUGGAAAAGUUUGCCAGAAAUCCAGACUUACGAAUCCGACCCCCCACCUUCCUGAAAGUCUUGGGGGAACUCCGUGUUUGGGAAAUCUGUUCUCCAGACAUCUGUGCAGCUAUACAGUUUUUGCGGGAAAAUAUUGUGGGGAUGCCUGAGGAGGAUUACAGACAAUGGCUGCAGAGUCGAGUUCCAAUCCAGAAACGAGCCCGCAGUGCCCCACCAGUAUGAUCUUGGAGGUACACGGGGAUAGCAACAUUUUUGAAAGAGAUGACGCACUUGCUGUUCAAGAGCUGCAACAGAAGAGCGCAGGGGCAGCCACUGAGAUGGCAGGUGCUGAAAAAUACAUUUCGCUGCUCCUAGGAGAUGUGAGGGGGGGGGGAGACAUCUUCUGAGUGCAGGAACUGCUCAUUCUCGAAGGUUGAGAAUUGCAAAUUCCCUGCAAAUUCAGAACCAGAGAGAAUUUGAAACAGCCAAAGCCUGUUUCAAGUUCUUGCUUUGAAUUUUUCAAUACUAUGUUUUUGUUUAAAGUUGUUCAUGUUCUACAUUUAAUUUUUCUAGAUUUGGGGGAGGGAGUGAGAAAGGAGCAAUCUUAUGGAAUCGUCUCUGCAACCGUUUUGGGUCAGUGACAGAAACUGGCUGAUUAACUUUCUCCAUUGUAAAGACUUUGGCACAGUAGAACUGUUGCAUCUGUGCUGCAUAUUUUUCAAAUUAAAACUCUGCUUAAACAU